AUGUCCUCCACCAACCUACCAGCCUCGUCCCAGGCCAUGUUGGACAACCUGGAACGUAUGAAAAAGCGGAAUCAAGAACGCUUGGCAGAGAUUGUACGGUCCUUUAGUGAAACCAGCAAUAGUGAAUCCAAUGCUAGUGCCACCAACACUGCUAGUUUCAACCAGAUGAUCAGUGGAGGAAGUGGAAGAAGCGGAGGCAGCGGAGGCAGCGGAGGAAAGGCUUCCAUUCAAACUACUACCACGAGUGCCACGGAGAAUACCGACUUUUUGGAAGAUGACGAUGACGACGAAAACGACUUGCAAGAUAAUGCGUCCCAAAGCUCAUCGUCUUCUUCCAGUUCCUUGAUGAAUCCUUAUUUUGGAAACCCUGCGGCUGGAGUACCGGCUUGGUUUUCCAGUUACAUGGCUCAGCAAGAAGCCCGACAACAACUAGUAAAGAACAAACUACAUGCGCAAAAGGAAGAGAUUGAUCGAUUGAACAACAAUCAUAAUGAAAAUGAUACUGGGGAGAGCUCAGUGGUAGUGCAAACACUGUGUCCACUGCCACAAGUCACUCCCACGAUAUCGCCAUUUUCAAAAAUGGGAGAAGAAGAGAAAAAGGAACAAGGUGAUAGUCUCGAUGACAACAGCAUAUUGGUAGACGACGCACAAGAUCCACGCAACGAAUCGCCCUUGAAGCUGCAACCCAUGGUCGUAACAGAGGAAGCAGAGGAUGAUGAAAUCAAUCAGUCUUACUUGACAUCGCCGCCUUCCACAAAGGAUGUAGUGGCCACGCUCUCGGGUCUGAGUUCGGAAAUGAGCCAUAGUUACGACUCGGAAGAGCGCCGCAAACGACGACACCAAAACAUUCGCAAUGUCUUUCGGGCUGAUACAACGAAAUCGCCUUUUGUGCGAAACGCGGACGAAAUCAACACCUUGAUAAAGUUAUCCGACGCCAAGCAAUUUCUAGAGCAAUUUGCUGCAAUCAAGGGGGAGAAAAGGGUGGAUAUUGAUAAUGGUGGUGAACAGCAGCAGGAGGACCCAGACGAGCAGGUACAACUACAAAAAUCCCAAUCACAACAGCAAUCGCAAGAAGAUCGCCUGGAACAAGUACAACGGGACAUUGAAAGAACGGGGACCUAUGAACAUACACCCCAAGAGCUAGAAUUUGGUUGUCAAUUGGCCUGGAAGAAUGCUGCGAGAUGCAAUGCCCGGCAAUACAUGGACAAAUUGGUGAUACGAGAUUCGCGAUAUGUCUCUUCGGCCAAGGAUUGCUUUGAGGAUUUGGUAAAACAUAUCAAGACAUCUUUUAAUGACGGAGCGAUACGACCAGUCAUGACCUUGUAUAGACCGAAGCAAGAUGGACAAUCGGCGCCAGUACGAGUUUGGAACCGACAGCUGUUGGGGUAUGCUGCCUACGAACUCGUGGAUGGGAAGAUUAUGGGGGAUCCCAUCAAUUUGCAAUUUACGGCUUUGUGUCAAGAAUUUGGAUGGACGCCACCCAAGAUCAAGACCGAUUUUGAUAUUCUUCCAUUGCUGAUAUCGGAUGCAUCUACUGGGCAUGCCAAACCGCAAGUCUUUGAAAUACCAUCCGAAGAGAUUCCGGAAGUACGCAUCACACACCCGGAAUUUGAUCUCUUUGAAUUGCUGGGGUUGAGAUGUUACUCAAUGCCUUGUGUUUCCAACAUGGGUGUUGAAAUUGGGGGAGUGCAUUAUCAGACAGCUUGCUUCAGUCGAUGGUACCAAGUUACGGAAAUUGGACGCCAGUUUUUGGAUACUGAUCGGUACAAUUUAGCCGAAUCCGUGGCGGUUGCCUGCAACAUUCCACGACCAUUCGACAAUGGUCUUUGGAAAGAUACUGCCCAAAUGGAGCUACACAAGGCAAUUUUAUACAGUUUUGAGGAACAAUUGAUCCCAUGCGUCGAUCAUUACAAGGCCAGUCAAAGUUUUGUCCAUUAUUAUGACCUAGAAAUGAAAGAGCACGGAAAGUGUCCAGCCGACAAGGCAUCGCUAAUGCCUCCCGCUGGAGGAAGCAUGACGGCCGUCUACCAUAAGAAAGACAUGGCAAAUCACGUUGAGAAGCCACAGUUUCGUAGACAGUUGAGCAUUUGGGAUGAUCUUCGUAUUGGACUUCCAGAGCCUAUCGUUGUCGAGUCUAUUCGGGGAUUGUCAAGGGCUUACCCAACCAAUGCAGAAACGAAUAUGUACGAUGAGGUUUUCAUCUAUCACGCAUCUGAGUUCGGCAAAGCGCUCCGCAUGGCAACCAUGAUUUCUUGUGAAUUUGGAGAGAAUGCAACUGGGCCUAUUGCCUUGGAUGAUCUUCCUGAUUUGCUUAUUCAGCACUCGGAUUAUAGUGGAACAAAUCGGAAACAGAGUAAGACUUUGGUGGUCAUUGUAGCCUCGACCAAUGGAAUGGGGGAUGCACCAGAAUCAGCAAAGAGUUUUGUUGAUCAAAUGAAGAUGGUGCAGGAGCAUUCUGUGCGCGACGUUGAAUUCUCGAUUUUGGCACUGGGGAAUUUUGCUUAUCGACAGAGUUCUGCUGCGUUUGGCCACAAGGUUUAUUCCUUGCUGGAGAAAGCAGGAUGUUCCCCAGCCUUGAAUAUUCAAAUCGCAGACGAGUUAAACGAUCCUCAAGCUGCACUGGAUUCCUUCACAAAACUGAUAACGCAAGUUUGUACAGGGCAGGGGCAGUUGGGCAUUGAUUUAGGGGCAAUAUCAAGCCGGCCGCCAGCAUUUGCAAGUAUCAGUCUAGAGGCGCGUACAAAGAUGCUAGAAACGAGUUCAACUUCGGAAAACAACCACAGGGAUCCAGGAGUGUUGCAUUACAGCAGCUCGUGGGCCAACAGGGCACACAAACUAAAACCGUCUAUGGACAUGUUCACGUUCAAUGUUAAUGAGGGGUAUGAAAGUCUCCUGAACGAAGCCGUUCCUGGUGAUCUUGUGGCGCUCUAUCCAUCAAAUUUGAACGACGUUGUUGAGCUGGUUUUCCGGAAUGUCAACCAUUCCAAAAGAUCAGUCGCAAGAGAAUACCUAAAGUCCAACAUUGACCUUUCCAGACCACUCAAGUCUGCUGACAUUCAAGAGCUUCGAAAGCUAAUGAGAAACACAGAUGCCAGGGAGAUCGUGGCAACGAUUGCUAGCCAAUCUUCGCAAGAGAACAAUCCGUCCAUAGAGCAGCUGGUUCAGAUGCUCCCUCCAGGCUCGAUUCCAAUGGAGUGGGUUGUUCAAUUUGGGCCUCCAAUCGAUCCUAGAUUCUUCUCCAUUGCGGAAGUGAACUUACUCGAAAACAGCGUGAGCUUUGCCCAAUCUGUGUACACUUUUGAGUCAAACAAGAAAGCUGGACUAGCCUCGCGCUGGCUGCGAUCGCUGCGCAAGGGCGAGAUGACUAGUGCACUCUUUGUCACCAGCAGUUUCCAUGCACCCGCAAAUCGGGAUUGUCCCUUAUUGCUGUUUGCAGCAGAUUCAGGAAUUGCGUCUUUUCAUUCGUUGUGGCAACCGAAUUGCAGAAACCCGCUGUAUCUCUUCUACGCCUGCAAGAAUCCAUCAGAGAUUGCAUUCCGAUCGAACAUCUCUGAUCUGAAGGAGGAAGGACGUCUAAAGCCGUACAUUGCCUACAGCCAUGUGAAGAACGGUAGAAUGGAGAUAAAUGAAUUGAUUCUGAGAGCCCGAGAUGUGCUACUAAAGCGCAUUCACAUCAAGAAGGGAAUAAUCUACAUUUCUGGGCCUCCAGGAUUUGAAAGGACAGUACGCAAUGCAUUGGUAACGGUUCUUGCUGAAGGGAACGAGUACUUUCCUGGAAUGGGGACGAUGCGAGCUCUGGAGUAUCUGGCUGUUAUGUCGCAGACGAAGCGAUUGUUCUUGCAGGUCUACGGGAAACCGGCUUUCACUGAAGAUCCAACUUUGGUAAUGUGGCAAGAGGCCGUAGCAAAAACAGUUAGGGCAAUCACAAAUCUCGAGCAGAUUGGUCUGCUUCAGGGGCGAACCGACGACACUUUCGCUCUUGAUUCAGAUUUCAUGGGUUCCUCGAAAAUUCAAAGUGGCAAGCGUUAUAAUCCAAAGGUCGUGUUCACCGACUGCUAA